CAACAAAACGUAAACAGUACAAACAAUCCUAACAUUUGUAAAAAUUUGCCAUUACUUUCUUUGUACGACUUUGGCAUGGUGUGGAUGUAGCUGUGAAACGAACCCAAAGCUUUUUAUUUCCACUCAUAAGCCUUUCUCUCUCGACAUUUUUUAGUCUAUGGGUUUAACAAGAAACAGAAAGGCUCCAGACAAGAUGCCCAGACAUAAGUGGAUGUUCUUAUCACUGUUUGGCCUUGUCAUUGUUGUCCUUAUUAUAAACUUUUACUUUGCGUUUGUAAUGAACUCAAACAAGCUCCAAAGCCAAACUGAAUCUUCUAAAGCAGUGUAUGCUUUCAACAAAAUCCAUUUUUCUUCCUCAUCGUCAAGUAAACAAGUUAUUUUAUUAGACACACCUGUCAAAAAGUCUGAUAUCAACAUAGUGCCACCCAUAAAAAAUGCAUCAAUUAGUUCUGCUUUAGAAAUUGAGAUCAUGUUUAAAAAAUUACCUCUUAAGUAUUUAAAGAAAUCAACACUUGUCCCAGGUGAAGUAGGUAAAUUAUUGAAAUACCUGCAGCCUUCUGUAGGCACAAGUACUCAACUGUGGUCUGUUGCUAAAGAGUGGGUUGGAGCUCGUCAUGUGGUGCCAACUCAAGCUCCACUCCUGGGAAGCUUGCUAAAAACGAUUAGCACUGCAAAAAUUAUAAAAGCCCAAAAUGCGCCUGGUGGAACUCAGUUGAAAUUAUUAUUCACCCUUGAGGGUGGACAGAGAGCUCUCUUCAAGCCUCAGUGGUACAAGCGAGAUGAGCUCAUUGAAGGCCCAGUGUUUUCUGGCAAAGACCGACAUAAUGCUGAAGUAGCUGCAUUUCAGCUAGCCUCUCUGUUGGGACUGCGGAGAGUACCUUUAACUGCUGGACGGAAAGUAAAUCUGCUAAGAGAUAUUAUGCCUGUAGCCACAAAAUCUCUGCUUAAAACCUUUGUACCUGAUGGCAAGAACAACACUUGCUUCUAUGGUACUUGCCAUUACUGUAGUCGCAGUGAUGCAGUUUGUGGAAAUAAGGCUUUGAUGGAAGGUGCUUUAAUUCUGAUGCUGCCACAGAAUUUUAAGUUGAAACAGUAUAGAAGCCCUUGGCAGCGGACUUACAAAGAAAACAGAGCCGCCAAGUGGGAGUUAGACAGUAAUUACUGUGAGAGUAUAAAAUCAAAUAAAAUGUAUAGUCCUCAAACUGGACCCAGGUUAUUAGACCUGAUUGAUGCUGCUAUUUUCGAUUUUUUAAUUGACAAUGGGGAUAGACAUCAUUAUGAAGUUCUCCUCAAUGUUUCUGGAGCUGCCGUUAUGUUCAUUGAUAAUGGUAAAAGCUUUGGCCAUCCAUUCCAGGACCAUUUGGACAUACUUGCUCCAUUGUAUCAAUGUUGUUUGAUUCGCCAAACAACAUGGGAAAGACUUCUUCUAUUUUCUGGUGAUGUAUUAGGUGCAUCUCUUGAAAAACUUCUUGCCUCAAGCUACAUUUCUCCAGUUUUGACAAGCCCCCACUUUGUAGCAAUAAAUCGUCGGUUGCGCACUAUCUACGCAACAGCUGAAAAUUGUUUUGAAAAACAUGGUAAAACCCAUGUUAUUGUUGAUGAUGGUUAUAGAUAAUUUUAACUCCCCUCAUGUGCCUUAGUUUUCUCCUACCGCCUGUGCAGGACACAGCGAUCUACAUUUUGUAUUAACACAAAAGUGAUUAGUGAUUGGUGUAUUGAUUAUUGUUGACUGCUUUUAUUUAACUAACAAUCAUUUUAAGGAAAAAUGAGCUGGCCUCUUCCUUCCUUUCUCAUUUUUGUCAUUAGAUAUAUGGAAGUUUUAUUUAUUUGUGUACGCAUUUCUGUUUGUUUGUUCUUUUUGUGUCAUUUGAGUGCCAAUAUUUAGUGUCAGGCCAUAAGCUUGAUUUUGUACUGUUUUCUCAAUUGCUCAAUAUUUUUUAUAUUUUUAUCAAAAACUUUUUUU